GAUGCUGAGCUGAGCGUCUGCCCUCGGAACAAUACAGUGCCAUCCAGCGUGCCAUCAAUAUGGACCGUAUCGCUUUUAAUUCCCCGGUUAUAUAGAUAACAUGCGUUUUUGGUUCUAGACGACAGGGGAAAAAAUGUGGAUACCGACUGAACACGAAAAAUAUGGCGUGGCGCUGGCAAACUUUCGUGGAACGGUUCAGCAUGGGCUGCCCUUGGAGAUCGGAGACACGGUGCAGAUUUUGGAAAAAUGUGAAGGAUGGUACAGAGGAUUCGUUGUCAAGAAUCCAAAUGUCAAGGGAAUAUUCCCAAGCAGUUACAUUCAUCUGAAACAUGCCCACAUCAAGAACAAGGGGCAGUUUGAGACGGUCUUCCCAACAGAGGAGUCGGUCAUCACGGAGAUGACGGUGACUUUGCGAGACUGGGGUACCAUGUGGAAACAGCUCUAUGUGAAGAACGAAGCCGAGCUCUUCCACAGACUCUGGCAUGUAAUGACAGAGAUCCUGGAGCUGAGACAGCAGGUCCUGCUCGGUCACCUGACCCACGAGCGCCUGACCGACAUCAAGCAGCACAUUGUAGCGAGGCUCGACUGGGGCAAUGAGCAGCUAGGAUUGGACCUGGUCCCCAGGCGGGACUUCAGUAUGGUAGACCCAGAUGAGAUCAGCGUCACCGAGCUCUAUCGCUUGAUGGAGCGGCGGCACCGUAAGCGAGAGAUUCCGCUUCAGGCCAACAUGCAUCACCUGUUCCUGCAGACCAACAGUUUGCUGAACUGCAGCCUGGCUGAAGAGCUCGAGGUUUUCUUCUUCAUCUACGACAGCAGGGAGAUGCGACCAAUCAGUGAGAGGUUUCUGGUGCGCCUCAAUAAGCAAGGGGUUCCUAAGUCACCUGAGAAAACUGAAAGGCAGUGCACGCUCUUUGUUGAUUUGGGAAGUAGCGAUCUCCGCAAAGAUGUAUAUGUUGUAGCUCAUAUUUUUAGAAUAGGGCGAAUGGUUGCCGGCGAGAAGAAGUCGGUGUGUAACACGCAGUACAGGCGGCCGUUCGGUUGUGCAGUCAUCAACGUCUGCGAUCUCCUGACAGUCGACUCCAAGGACGAGCACCUGCUCAAAGUUUACUCAUGCAACACUGAAAGCGAGUGGUAUCAGAUACAUGACAACAUUAUUCGGAAGGUCAGCUCCCGAUACAGUCAGGUCAGCUCCGGCACAGGACUCGCUGUUUCGCUGCAGUUGCUGCACGGAGACCUGGAACAGAUUCAGAAGGAAUACAUGCGUCUUUUCACACGCAACGUCUCCAUCACAAAAAGACUUGGCUUCUCUGAGAUCAUCAUGCCAGGUGAAAUCAGGAACGACCUCUAUGUGACCCUGGAGAGAGGGGAGUUUGAGAAAGGGGGGAAGAGCGUAGCGAGGAACGUGGAGGUCACCGUGUAUCUGCUGGGAGCUGAUGGCCAGGUACUGAAGGGACUGGUGUUCUCAGGUUCAGGUGAGCCCGGGAUGGAUGUGUUCCACUCGUAUGUUCUGUACCACAGUAACAGUCCUCGCUGGUCAGAGCAGAUCAAGCUGUGUGUUCCUCCAGAACUGUUCAGACUCGCUCACCUGCGCUUCGAGUUCAGACACUGCUCCACGAAGGAGAAGGGAGAGAAAAAGCUGUUUGGGUUCUCAUUUGUGCCGCUCAUGCAGGAGGACGGAAGAACAUUGCCUGAUGGGACUCAUGAGCUCAUUGUCCACAAGUGUGAAGAGACUGCAAACCUGCAGGACUUGUCUCGCUACCUCAAGCUUCCCUACUCGAAAGCCAGUCUACAGCCUGGCACCAACCAGACCAUGAAAAACAGCAAAGAGUCCUUCUGGAUCCUCUCAACACUCUGCUCCACCAAACUCACGCAGAACGGUGACAUGUUGGAUUUGCUGAAAUGGAGAACCCAUCCGGACCGGAUCAUGGACGGCUUGUCCAAACUGAAGGACAUGGAUGGCACAGAAAUUGUUAAGUUUUUGCAGGACACUUUGGACACUUUGUUUGCCGUAUUAGACGACAGCCCACAGAGAUACGGACUGAAAGUGUUUGACUGCCUGGUGCAUGUCAUCAAUUUGCUGCAGGACAGCAAAUUCCAGCACUUUAAACCCGUCAUGGACAACUACAUCGAGAAUCAUUUUGCAGGUGCUUUGUCAUACAGAGACCUGAUCCGAGUUCUGAAGUGGCAUGUGGACCGGAUCAUCGACGCUGAGCACCAUGAGCAGAUACAGCAGGUCCUAAAGGCUGCGGAGUACCUGUUUAAAUACAUCGUGCAGUCUCGCAGACUCUACGCCGCAGCGAUGGCGGCACAGGGCGAGGACGAGUUCCGCUGCUCCAUUCACGAACUCUUCAAAUCUGUCCAUCUGUUCCUUUCUCACGAGAGCAAAGGAAUCAGCCCUGUCACACACACACAGGCUGUGUUCCUGAGGUCCUUCCCCACCGUGUGCUGUGAGCUGCUGAAGGUCUUUGGUGUCCGUGAGGUGGCGAAUCUGGCACGGGACACACUGAGCAGCCUGCCCACUCAGACACACACAGACUGCCCCCUGCAGGCUGUCAAGCUGCAGUGCGUGGCCAAGACUGUGGAGAGCCCUCUUUACACCAACCCAGAAUCACGAUGCGUGCUCUUAUCUGUGGUCCUCCAUCUACUCCUCACCUACCUGAAGGAGCAGAAGGAGUUGGUCCUGUGUGCAAACAUCCUCACUAGCAUGCUGUCUCUCGUCCACAGAGACCCAAACACAGAGUGUGUGGCACCUGAGGAGGUGAAUGUAAUAAUGGACAGCCUGUCUGGAGUGUUGUUGAAGACGAUACUGGAGGUAACUAACCGUCCCCAGCCAGCUGCAACCUCCAUGCGUUUGCAGUAUCAGGAUGUGACUGGUGAGUUUGUGGCCUGUUUACUGACCCUCCUACGGCAAUUAAGUGAUAAGGACUACCAGAAGCUUCUGAGCCGAUUUCCUACAAAAGAUGAGCUUGCGAAUUUUCUUUUGCAGUUGUUCACUGUGUUUAGAAUACUCAUCCGGCAUGAUAUGUUCCCCAAAGACUGGACAGUCAUGAGAUUGGUCACCAACAAUGUGAUCAUCACAACGGUCCUGUAUCUCUCCGACACUCUCCGAAGCAACUUCCUUAAUGAGAAAUUUGACUUCAAGGUCUGGGAGUCCUAUUUUUACCUCUCUAUAAUAUUCGUCAUCCAGCCGUGUCUCCAGCUUGAAACAUUCCCUCCAUCCAAACGGAAGAAAGUUUUGGAAAAGUAUGGAGACAUGCGAGUGAUGAUCGGAUGUGAGAUCUUCAGCAUGUGGCAGAAUCUUGGAGACUAUAAAGUCAAUCUGAUCCCUUCCCUGAUCGGUCCGUUCCUGGAGGUCACGCUGGUGCCGCAGCCUGACUUGAGAAACGUCCUCAUCCCCGUCUUCCACGACAUGAUGGACAACGAGGAACGCCGCAGUGGCAACUUCAAACAGGUUGAGGCAAAGCUGAUCGACAAACUGGAGAGUCUGAUGUCAGAGGGUAAAGGAGAUGAGACCUACAAGGAGCUCUUCAACAACAUAAUACCGCUGUUCGGUCCGUAUCCAAGCCUGCUGAAAAAGAUCGAGAGAGAAACAUGGAGAGAGAGCGGAGUGUCUCAUAUAGCUACAGUUACACGGCUUAUGGAGAGAUUACUCGAUUACAGGGACUGUAUGAAGAUCGGAGAGGUUGAUGGGAAGAAGAUCGGCUGUACAGUCAACUUGCUGAAUUUCUACAAGACGGAGCUGAAUAAAGAGGAGAUGUACAUCCGCUACAUCCACAAGCUGUACGAGCUUCACCUCAAAGCCCAGAACUACACAGAGGCGGCCUACACUCUGCUGCUGUAUGAUGAGCUGCUGGAAUGGACAGAGAGGCCCCUGAGGGAGUUCCUCACCUACCCCAUGCAGAGCGAGUGGCAGAGAAAAGAGUGUUUGCAUCUCACCAUCAUCCAUAACUUCGACAGGGGGAAGUGCUGGGAGAACUGCAUCAUCCUUUGCCGAGAGCUGGCCAAUCAGUACGAGGCUUACUACGACUACAGGAACCUGAGCAAAAUGAGACUGAUGGAGGCGUCUCUGUAUGAUAAGAUAAUGAAUCAACAGAGGCUUGAACCGGAGUUCUUUAGAAUUGGGUUCUACGGGAAGAAGUUCCCAUUUUUCCUACGGAACAAGGAGUUUGUGUGUCGGGGGAACGAUUACGAGCGACUGGAGGCGUUUCAGCAGAGAAUGCUGAGCGAGUUUCCUCACGCCAUCGCUAUGCAGCACGCCAACCAGCCUGACCAGACCAUACUGCAGGCCGAGGCACAGUACCUGCAAAUCUACGCAGUCACUCCUGUUCCAGAGAACCAGGACGUGCUGCAGAGAGACGGCGUGCCCAGUAACAUCAAGAGCUUCUACAAAGUCAACCAUAUCUGGAGGUUCCGCUACGACAGACCCUUCCAUAAGGGCACUAAAGAUAAAGAGAAUGAGUUCAAGAGUCUAUGGGUGGAGAGGACCACACUAAGUCUGGCACAGAGUCUCCCAGGCAUAUCUCGCUGGUUCGAGGUGGAGAAACGGGAGCUGGUGGAAAUGAGUCCUCUGGAGAACGCCAGCGAGGUGAUUGAGAAUAAAACCCUGCAGCUGCGCACGCUGAUCGCACAGUGCCAGACUCGCCAGAUGCAGAACAUCAACCCGCUUACCAUGUGCCUGAACGGGGUGAUCGACGCCGCCGUGAAUGGAGGACUCGCUCGCUACCAGGAGGCCUUUUUUGCAAAAGACUACAUUUCCAAUCACCCGGAGGAUGGCGAUAAGAUCACCCGUCUCCGAGAGCUCAUGUUUGAGCAGGCACAUAUUCUGGAGUACGGCUUGGCUGUACAUGAGAAAUUCGUUCCACAGGACAUGCGUCCGCUGCACAAAAAACUCAUCGACCAGUUCCAUGUGAUGCGAUCCAGCCUGGGGAUACAGCCACAGGAGUUUCCUGCAUACGUGCGUGUCAGUCCUCUGCAUUUCGCCAACGGCAGUCCCCGGACCUGCAGGACUCCUGUCCCUAAUGCCAUCAGUCCAGACGGAGGACGUAUAGUGGCACGGCGCAGCCCCCUGAGUUACCCGGCUGUGAAUCGCUACUCGUCAUCUUCACUGUCAUCACAGGCCUCCAACGACGUGAGCAACAUCACAGGCCAAUCAGAGAGCUCGGACGAAGUCUUCAACAUGCAGCCAAGUCCGUCUACCUCAAGCCUCAGCUCGAACCACUCCGGCUCUCAUAAUGUGAACAACUCGGCGGCCUCAAGCAAUAGAGAUUCUCUUCCGUCGGCGUCUCCACUGCCGUUGGACAAACACAAACAUUCGAAAGAGAAUGCAUGUCUUUCGCCCAGAGACCGAUUGUGCAGUGGUGUUUUCUCCAACCCCCUGGACCCUACACAGAGGAUGAUGCCGUUCCAGAUAGAUGCAAGUCUGCCACGUUGCGAGGCCACUUUUCCCACAGCAGAAACCGCAGCUCCAGGCAAGAACUUACGGUCUCUGUCUCCUAUGCCAACCUCAAAGUCUCCUCAAAAGACCUCAGCUCCACCCCUCACCCCCUCUCCGACUGACGGUUUGCCCGCUGGCAGCUUAGCGUCGCACUCGCCCGCCCGCUCGGGCAGCUACAGCAGCGGCAUCUCCUCUCUCAGCCGCUGCAGCGUGUCCGAGACGUGCGGCAUCGAUGCGACGCUGCCCGAGCCGUCCAUGCCUGCGGUCCUGCCCGCUACCGACAACGCCAUUCGCCGUGGCAGCAAGACGCCUCCCCCCUACAGCGUGUACGAGAGGAACAACCUGCGCCGUGCCACCCCACUGCCCCACAGUCUGUCGGUACCACCUGCCACAGACAGCACCAACCUGCCCGCCAAACCACAACUAAGCCGCACACAGAGGAUCAAUUCGGAACCACGGCACAGGAUCACGCCCCGGAAAGUCUCUCAGCUCUAGGGUCAAAGGUCUCCCCCUAGCAGUAGUACCUGGAACUGUUUGAGCAGCUCAACCAGGUUAUUCUGAAUGUUUAGUAUUUACUGAGUCACACUGACUGGACUUUGACGUGUAGUCUUGAAGAUGUUUUAUCAUUGAAAACUGAUCCUCUUUACUACGAAUCCCUUUUCCUUGAUUGGGUCAACCGAUUACUCAAAGGAAAGCAGGACUCUAUUACAGAUGCAGUUUUAUUUUUUUGUAUUAACUCAAAAAGAACACAAUUGCUUGCUUUUUUUUCUUGCUUGCUUUAGCAAAGAAUCCAAUCUUCUGUGCGUUAGCAAUGGAUAACCUGCUUAAAUGCAGCGUCCCUGUUUAUUUUUCAUGAACGAUUUUUUUUUUCCCCCCAUCCUCAGCAUGGGGUUAUUUUAACUUCACUAUUGAAGUGAACUGGAAUUGGGUCAGUGUUAUAAAUCUAUAUCUUACAUCUUUUCCGUUACAUCCAUGGCUAGUGAGACUCGUGUACAAGUAUAGCCGUUAAGAGAUUAGAAUUCUCCACAAAAAAAGGCCAAUAGUUUACAGUUGAAUAUUUCGAUCUGGCAGGUCCACAUACCACUUUAGAGCAAAGUUAAGUAAAACAUACCAGUAUUUUUGAUAGAUGUACUCCUCUCUGUAAAGUAUUCCGCUUAUUAUCGACAGCAUUGUUUUGUUUUUUUUUGCCUUAUACAUGGACAAAGACGUGCAGCUAGUCCUGCAUCCCGUUCGAUGCGCUUUGUCCUUUCUGGAAUGGCUGAAAGGUGCUACAUAUUUCUUAGUGGUUUUUUUUUUUUUUUUUUUUUUUGGACUCAUAGCUGCCGAAAACCUGCCUGAACAAUAAUUGUGCAAUGUACUGAAAAUCGUGUGGUCUCCAAGUAUUGUGCCAAAGAAACAAAAAAAAAUAAACAGUAUUAACAUUUCUGUCGGUGAGAGUAGCUAGGGCAGCUUAGAGCUCACGUAGCCGCACGAAAGCUUGUGCUUGACAAUGUGCUUUUUACGCCGUGCGCUGAGGCCUAGAGUACAGUACGUUAGCAUGAGGCAUGUACAGCAUCAAGCAAUAUAAUCAGUGUAGUUUACUAGAGAGCGGGAGAUUUAAAGCACACAAGGUUUCCAGACUGGUUGUCAGUGAUUUCUGAACUUUCACUCAGAUAUAAGCAGAAUUUGUUGAACGAAAUGUAUCAAAAUGAUUUUGUUGUCUGUUUAAGAGUGUAGAAAAGGAGAAAGAGAGCUUGAAUUGUAUUGUAGGUGAUAAAAAGGUGCACAAAUAUGAAUCCAGUUUUUGACUGCCAAAAGCACAGCAAAUGUGGAGCUAUAUUUACAUUGUAUUGAUGUUUUUUUUUCCUACUUCUUGAAAAUAUGUAAAAAAAAAAUUUACUUUUUUUUUUUUUUACCUCAGAAAUGGCUUUUCAUUUAAUGACAUUUAGCAAUUUCCUCAAGUUCUUUUAACAUCGAUUGACUUUUCACGUUCAGUGUUUUCAAGUGAAUUUAAACCACUAACACACCACAUGCUUAUAAUCAGUAUUUUUCUCAUGGACACCGUGCCUAAUAUGACGUGUCCUCCUUAAAAAAAUUCUUUUGUAAAGCUUACUGGGGAUAACAUUGUGAAACCACCGUCGUAACAGGUUGCGCAAAUUACCGUGAAAUGACAACCGAAUAUCUGUACUGUACAUCCGUACUGACACCUGGAAAAACGCAACAAGAUCUAAUAGCUGUUCACUGCCGAACUGCACACCUAAAUCAUUUCACGGUGUCAAAUGGAAUCAUGAUUCGUAACGUGUCCGACGGCCCGAUAUUACCUUUUGACAUCUUUAAUUCUUUUCUAAUUCGCUACUACUGUGACAUUGUUUGCAUAUUGUUACUCAAAUGUUUGCCUACCUAUCGAGAAAAACGUUUUUAUAAGUUCCCUUUACAUUGUCUAAAUUUUAUAUUUUAAAAAAUGUGAGAUGGAAAACAAAUGAAUAAUCAUUUAGCUCAAUUUCCUACAGGGUAAUUUAAGUAAUUACUAAAAUAAUAAGUAUUUUUUUCCACACUGACAAACAAAUUAUUAAUCUGUGCCAAAAAAAUUAUAAAUUUGCAACUUACAUCACUAAUACAACUAAGUACUACUAACAUAAUUGAAAUUGAAGAGAUAGAGCAUUUGUUUGUUUGUUGGUUUGUUUGUUUGUUGUUUGGACAUCACUGUUAUUUUAUCGAUCUUGUGAAGAAGCACAGUCUUUUAUCGGUCCAUUGGUUUCUGAGGCAAACUCGAGCUAAAAGCAGCUAAAAGUGGAUUCAGGCUUGGAAACGCAUGACUCUGUAAAUGGUGGUCAUUAGUACGUCGCUUGUGUGGAUGACUUGAUAAACAGUGUUGCAGUUGUGUUCACAUAUGCCUAUGCUACUUCAAGAUGCUCAUUCUAGGCAAUUUUGUCAUUUUGAAUGGGAUUGCCUAGUGACCACUUUUAGAAAAAAAAAAGAAGAAAUCAAACAAACUAGUAUUCUUGUAUUAUCUCUCUUUUCUCUCUCACCUUGUCUCACCUUUUGUAUGGAUUAGGUUUUAUCUUUUUUUUUUUUGUUCAAUUUUUUGAACCUGUAAAGUUGUACUUUAUAUCAUAUAAUGGGAUGAGAGUAUUCCAUAUAGCCCGUGUUACAGAUUUUGUACAAAACUGUGUUUAUAUGAAAAAUGUAACCAGUUCAUAGGCUUUGAAUGUUGCAAUGAAAAAAAUUUUUAUUUGUAAAUGUUGACUAUUAGACAUUAAUGAAUAAAGGUUGAUUGAUGUACAAACGGUUAAAAAAACAUAUUAACAUUCCACUAUUAAAAACACUUAUAACUCA